AUUUUCCGGGCGCACUUUGAUCCAGCGUGUGUAGGUACGCCUAAAUGACUACACAAGUGAAUAUAUAGUCAUAUUCUGUUCACGUGUAUAUUGCCGUAUCGCAUUCAGCAGCAGCGGUGUAUCUUUGUCAAGUUCGUGGUUUUGAGCUCGCUCUACUCGUGUUGAAGAAGGAAAGAUGGCUGAACAGCAGAAGCCGAGGUUGUAUUACUUUAAAGGCAGGGGCAAGGCCGAGAUGACACGGCUGACCUGUGCAGCGGCAGGAAUCGAGUUUGAUGAAACCAACCUUAGGACGAGAGAGCCAUUUCUCCAGAUGAUCAAAGAUGGGAAACUGUUAUUCGGACAACUACCGCUGCUAGAGAUGGACGGUUGAAGCUUAUUGGGAGUGACAGCAUAGUUAGGUACCUUGGCAGGAAAGGAAAUCUCUAUGGUGACACCAAUGAAGAUAAAGCAAGGAUCGAUAUUCUUGUGAUGGGUGCCAAGGACUUUUUUGAUGGCGCACUUGGUAGCUACCUCUUUGCUCCGAAUCCUGAAGACAUCAUCGAACGAAAGGUCCUAACGAUAGCUAACGACAAAUACCUCCCAGCAUUCGAAAAGACUCUGACAGAGAAUAGCUCCGGUUUUCUCGUUGGAUCUCGUCUUUCUAUCGCAGAUAUCGUUGCCUUUGACUCCCUCACACAUAUCACCGACUCGCCCUACCCAAAACUCGCCUCAGUCCUUCAGGGGUAUCCCAAAUGCGCGGCAUUUGUUGACUUCAUCGCCAGUCAGCCUGGCAUCUCGGAGUACGUGACUAGCUCGAGAAGGAGUCCAGUUCCCACCAAAGAAUACAUCAUUGACGUCAAAGCGACGCUUGCUUGGUGAUCAUCGACGACAAGGCGACUCAGGAAAAAUAGUUCAACGUAUACUAGGGAUAUAUUUGCCACUCCUUGAUAAUCUGUACCAAGAGAGAGUCUCAUCUAAAUUUAAACAGGCAAUGCAGGACCCAUCCACUCAACGAGAACUUUAAAUUUAACCGUUCAGGUAUACGUCUGAGUGUGUGCACCGCGCAUACAGAAAACCCGUCUCAGGCAAUCUUUUGUUCCCAACGCCAUUCACCUCUUUAACGCACAAGCCCGGAGGUCUGGAACUCAAACGUAAAUACUGGUCUCAACUUAUUAUUUGUUUUUUUAAUUUAAUUUUUGUUAGGGCUCAUAAUACUAAACUUACCUACUUUUUCAAAUAAACACAUAGUAAGCUUAAUAAUGUUCAAAUUUUCACUUGAAAUGUUAUAGAUGCAGUUCACGUUAUACUGCAAUCAAUGUCCAUUGUAUGUAUUGUUCCGUUUCCAAUGUAACAAUCAUUUUCAGAAUGUUAUUAUGUUUGUGACGAUGUAAAUUUGCCAUUAUUGUACAAUGACUGUAAAACCAGUGAAAACAGAAAUUCCUGAAAGGGACAAUAAAUUUCAAUUCAAUUCAAUUCAAUUCAAUCUGA